CUCUUGAGCUCUUCAAAACUAAAUGUGCAGAUGCCGAGCGAUCAGGUCUUCAAACACAUCACUUAAAUGCACCCUGGAGCUUCUCAAGUCUUGCGCCCCCAGACCUGACCGGAUCCACGAAGAAUGAGAAUGUCUUUCCCGAAGCAAGCUCUCCAGAAGACGCUAUCGACCAUAAGCCUCUUGCUAAUUGCCAUCCUUCACCUGUCUUCCGCCUCAGGAUACUCGAAUCAGCUCGGAUACCUACUUAACAAGCCAAAUGCUCUGCAAUCUCACAACCACACUCUUACAGACGUUCAAUCUAGCUGUGUCAAGAAACCGCUAAGCCAACGCCUGUGGCAAGACUUGAAACUGGAUGCUUACCUCGAGAAUUACACCGGCGGAAAAACAUUAUCUGUGGUUGCCUUCGCGAAUCAAGUGAACAUGACGAACUUUGCCUGCGGAAUCGGCCGGUUCUGUGAUGCUGGAGAACUUUGCAGUAGUGCCAAAGCACCAGCAUGGUACAUUCUUGUAGGGAUCCAAAACUGGAAUGAUUUGAUGAAUUCUAUCUACAAGGCAAUUGCCUUCGCGGUAGGGACAGUCCAAGAGCAGGCUCCUUCCAUGGUCUCAGAUCUAUCUCCUCCUCUGAGCCCUUUCCCGAUAAAAGUAGCGACGAUCAUCAAUAUCGUCGCAGCAAGCGUCAGUAUAGUGCCUGGUUUCCUCUUGCCAGGGACCGGGAUUUGGUACUAUCUGGUUCUGCAAGGCGCGCUUUAUACCACGUUUUCGGAGAUAGGGUUUUAUUGUAGCGCGGUUCGACCACCACCGGACGUGGUGAGUGGAUAUACCAAGUGGACACAUUACGCAUGGCUUCUAUCUUUGCUUCAAGACCGGGGGCAAGAAACGGUGGCCAAUUCGACACUGGCGACUCUCCAAAGCGGGAUCAGCACCGACCAAGGGAUCUAUGGCGCGUUGAAGAACGGCACUUUUCUCCAGCCUGGCGGACAACCCUCCGCGGUGGCAUUAGAGAGAUCGCUCGAGCAGAUCAUCAAGGUCCAAUUACUCGCGGCUAUCUUACGAUCACAGAAUGUCUAUAUCACCCGCGGUAGCGAUCCCUGCAACAAGUCUGGACCUAAUGGGGCAUUCCUAGGUCCAGACAUACUAUCAUAUUGUGGUAAAGAUGGAGUAAUGAUGAAUAUCGUUCAAGCAAGUGGAACAAAAACGAAUAUGAAGUUCUAUGGAAGCUCCAAAAUCGUCGAAAAGCAUAAUUUCUCGGUCGAAUUUCUGACCGAAUCUGCUUGGAAAUGUCAAUCUAAAUACAACCAAUACGACUAUAAUCCUUACAAAAACGGAACCGUUCCAACGGAUGUGAAUUCAGAUUGCGUGUUCAACCUACCAGUAUGUGAUUGCACGCAAACAAAUAUUGCCAAGGCGCGUAAGAAGGGUAUGCGGACUACGAAGGCGUGUCAUCGAGCAGGCGUUCCAGUCUACGCCAAAGAGCAGCAGAGCGAACAGAAAAUUGCACUCUCCAGAUGAUCUAAUUGUUAAGAAAAACAAAACGAAGAUCAUAUUUUGCUUGCUUCUAAAUAUCUUAGUGCACUCU